AUGUCAACUGAAUGGUCAUUGGAUUUCUGCCUGGUCUGUGACCGACAGACUAUGGGCGCUCCCUAUUGCUCUCAAACAUGCCGUCUAGCGGAGCUGGACGUGAUAUCGGAAGAUGGAAUGUCAUCACGAAGAUCGAGCGAAGCGUCUACGCAUUGGUCCGAGACCACGCAAGCCCAAGCCCAGGCCGCCGAGACAGUCAAUGCUCGCGCCGAUGCCCACAACCCCUCUCGAAUCCUAUUUGCCUCCUCUUCUCAAACUUCACUCUCUUCCCUGAAGAGUAAUACAUCCAACCCGUCCAAUGUGGCCCACCGACUUCAGGAUGAAUUGCGUGAUUAUGCAAGUUGUUUCGAUCAAGUUCGCGAUCUGAAACGGCGUAUGACUACCACCUGA